AUGAGACGUCGAAUUAAGCCUUCUGUUAUAAGGUUUGCGCGCGGAAACCAGACAACGGACAUGCGUUUGGCCGGCGAUUGGUCACUCUUGGACGGGAAGCCGAGAAAAAGUACAAGAGGAAGAAAGAUGCGACUGGCGUGCUGUUGGUGCGGCGCUUAUGUAUUUUUUUUUUCGUCUUCUCCCUUUCCUGGCCACCUCGGCUUUCUCAGAAGUUGGUCGAUGCGAGGGAGACCAACCGCCGACGUCUGUCCGGCUGCGUCUCCGUGGAGUGACUUGCGGCUUCGGCACGCGAUCGUCGCCUGGCAACCGAUCCGCCCCGAAACCGUCUCGUUGCUACUUGCCAGCACGAGGAAUGAAUUUUUGAUCCAAGGCCCAUAUCGUUUCUUUUUCCUCGACAUCAAAAAAAAAAAAUUUCUGCACCAAAGAAUGCAAAAGCCACACGGUCUGACCUGUUUGGAGAAGAGCUUCUCUUAUGACUUCAGUUUUUAA